CACCACUUCCAAAUCAUCCCACCCCCUGUCCUGAAUAUACCUCAACUCUAGUCCACCAUGUCCCUCAGUGGUUCAUUUCCUAACAACAAUAAUCACACAAAUAUGGAUAUCCAGCUGGCCCCCUGUUACAGGAUGAUAAACAACGCACAUCCACAGAGCAAAAAUUACAAAAAAGGUAAUGGAGUCAAAGCUGAAGCCUGUUCAGGUCAUUUAAACGUCAUCAAGACUUUUAGGACUCACAAUGAGCUUCACAAGGAAUUGCUACUGUCCCACAAAAGGGGUCUGGCACUGAGCAGCAGAUCCGAACUUCAGCAGGUGCUCGAGAGGAGGAAGAGGGUGCAGAGUGACCAAGAAGAGGAGGGACAGAGCAGAACUCCUCUGGAGGAUGUGCUGCUGAGACAUCAGCAGAAACAGCUUGAGAGGGAGAAGGAACAAGAGGAGAAGGCACGAGAGGAAGCCCAGUUGAUGGAGUUCGCUAGAGUCCGACAGAACCUCAGAAAGAUCCACUCAGCGAUCCAGAACAAGGCUGUGAAUUUCUGAAAUGCUAUAGAAGACCCAAAAUGUAUACUGAACUCUGGUCUAAUCUGCGUUUAUUCAACAUCUACUGCCCCUAAUGUAAAGAGUAACAACAUGUUUUAUGCUAAAAGACAAUUAGUAGAAAUGAUUUAAUGCUGAUUUUUUUAAAAAGACACAGGUACACACAUACUUAUGGAAAUAGUGUAUUUUUAUAGCUAUGCAAAGAAAUGCUUUGUGUAAGUCAAAUAUUUGUAACUAUUUUGCUUGAUAUAGAAGUUAUCAGUAGUAUAUUGUGAACAUCAUUAAUGAGAAAGUAUGUCAAACUUUUGUUUAUUAUUUAUUAUUUAUUGAACUACUGCUAUUUUCUAUUCAAAUGCCAGAAUGAAAUGCUGAAAAAAUCUGAUAAUAACUUGAAUUUGGGUGACAUGCUGUUGCGAUAAUACUUUAAAAGUAUACUUUAGAUUAGGUGCUUUGUAUUUAUCGGCAGCUAAGGGCAAAUACCCACAAUAUCAUAGAUGGCUUUAUAAACAUCCAGAAAAUAUGGCAAGAUGACAAGAAUAAAUACAAUUUCAUAUAAAGCAACAAACUCAGACACUAAAUGUGUCUCACAUUUAGUUUCUGAGUUUCUACACAUUUGUUUGACAGAGGGCUCGAUUCCCUUGCAUUGUGCAGACACAAAUACAAGCAAAAUAUCAAGGCGUAAGUACAAAUGGGUAUGAAUGGCAAAUUUUAGCAAUUUUGGUGACAACAGAUGCUGGCACAAACCAGGCACCGCUGGGCACAACUGCGAAGAGAGGCUAAAUACAUUAUUAGUAGAAGGAAUACAGAAUCACUAGGGUGAUUUUAAGUAAUAAACAAUUACAUGCACUCUGCUCAUCCCUUCAAAAGCAGCAACAGGUGAAAGGUAGGGAGAGAGACUGAGGUCUCUGAGUGAGAGAAAAAAAAAGUUAAUCUUCAUGAAGUACCUUAAAUUCUGAAAUAAAAUUUAAAAAAAAUACACCUAACACCCUAAACAUUAAAAUAUGCUAUUAGUAAACAGGCAGCUUAUCAGUGUUCAUUUUGGCACCUGAUUUUGAUGAAGUUUCAGUCUUAAUCUUUCGACAAAAAUGUAGUUUUAGUCAAAUUGUAGUCAUUUGAUUUGUUUUUGAGGUUUUAGUCUAGUUAUAAUCAAGAUAAAACUAAAGACAUUUUAGUCUAUAAGGUCAUGCAUAUGCAGCCCGUAAUAGGCAAAACAGUUUCCUCCACCACCCAAAAAAAAACCUCUUGUUCAGAAGAUGAUUUAGCCACUUGACCUGUUGCACUAACUGUUAACGAGAAACACCUUGCAAAGUUAUGUCUCUGUCAGCAAUGUGAUCUGGUUCUUCUAAGAAAAAAAUGUAAGGACGAGAUUAAUCUGCAAUGCACUGAGAAUUAUUAAAUCACUGAAAUUAAUGUCGAUGGUCCAUCUAAAUCAUCCUUUAGAUAUUAGCUAAAGCAAUAUCAGAGUAUCGAUGUUAACCAACAAUGUAGUGUCUCCUCUCAAACUAAAUCCAGACAAUGAACAGUAUUGAAGCAAAUAAGUGAGGUAAUCCAGUUUUGGAAUAACUGCUCUGCAAUGAACAGCACAGGUAGCUCCAGUAAGAUUUUGCCAGAUUUUUUUGUCAUGGUUUUCAUUGACAAAAUUAACACCUUACCUGACGUAUGGAAUAAGAUAUAUUUCAGAACAAAAUCUCCCAAGAACCAAACACAAAAAUAAAGUAAAAGUAAAACAAAAUUCAAACAAAACAAUGGACAAAGGCAAAAAAUCCAAUGUUUUUGUCCCUUUACUUUGUGAUAUAAGAAGACCAAAGUUCAAUACGUUUGAAAUUUGUGUGAGUGUGAGGCUAAAGCAGCUGGCAUAAUUUGUAAGCAGAAGUGAAUUAUGUCUCACCUCCUGCUAGUACAACUUACAUCAAUGAAAGAUAGUGACAAAAAAAGUUACCAAAAAAAUGGCAACAAGUAAGGAUGAGAUAGACAUGACUGUACGGGUUGUUAUACAGCACGAGUGCUAAAAAAUUAAUUACAAUAAUCUCCAUUCUUCUGUGAGAAUUUUUCUUUGACUGCAAUUUUUUUCAGUUUCAGGACUACAUUUUUCAGUUUUGCUCCUAAAUUUCUCAGUUUCACUUCUUACACAAAGACCUCAUGUCGGAGUGUGUCACAGGGAUGUGUUGCCAUUGGUUAGGAGCUUUUCGAGUGAAAGCCAAUGAUCAGAAAGUGGUGUCACCAUUCAUAUUUCAUUCAUAUCAAUGACACAACUGCUAGAGAAUGUGUGGCCAAAAUAAUAUA